GCGCUUGGCGGGGCGCGGGUACGUGGUUCAGUGACUCCUUCCGGGGGCUGUUGCUGUGCGAAAACCGUAGUUGCGGUAUUAAGAGUCAGGGCUCUGCGACAGGUUCCACAUAGAGGACCAACCGGCAACUCCAACUAACCCCGUUGGGUUGGGUCGUCCCCGCCUACUCUGGCGCCUCCAUAGCGACGCCCUCGGCGUAAAGCCCGCCCACUGCACGCGCUGAGCCACCACUUCCGCCCUCGCCUUCCACUGAGCAAGAUGGCUGAGGAGCCGGAGUCUGCGCUGCAGCUCCCUCCUUCAAGUACUACUGAUGGCGAAGGACCUACGGAGGUCUCCCCAGAAACAGCCACUCCGGAGCCUCCUUCUUCCGCUGCAGUCUCCCCGGGAACAGAGGAACCUGCCGGCGACACCAAGAAAAAAAUUGAUGUCCUCUUGAAGGCUGUGGGAGACACCCCUAUAAUGAAAACAAAGAAGUGGGCUGUAGAGCGAACCCGAACCAUUCAAGGACUCAUUGACUUCAUCAAAAAAUUCCUUAAGCUUGUGGCCUCUGAACAGUUGUUUAUUUAUGUGAAUCAGUCCUUUGCUCCCUCCCCAGACCAGGAGGUUGGAACCCUCUAUGAGUGUUUUGGCAGUGAUGGUAAACUGGUCCUACAUUACUGCAAAUCUCAGGCCUGGGGAUGAAGUACAGAGAAAAAGAUCUUGCUACCCAAAUGAAUCUUCACAAAGGAAACAGCCUUGGAAAAAGUUUUGAUACUUGUGACAAGAGACUUGUGUAUGUGAUCUAGUUAGCAUGUAUCUACCAUGACUUCUGUUUAUGCCUAAGGAAAUCCAUAGAGUAGAUGGGCUCACAAAAAUGUGAUUUGUAUUAAUACACAAAUCAUCAUAGGAGAUUGACUUUAGAGUAUACCCAUUACUACAGCUCUUGCUCCAAAUCUGCCUCCAGUGUGUUGAAAAGGAGACUAAGACUGUAGAAAGCUUCUUCGUUACCAGUUCUCAGUGACUGAAAUUGUUUACUUGUCGAAUGAACACUCUGCUGAUUUUUUCCACUGUAAAAGGCAGUUUACUAAGGGAUUCUUUUUGUGUGCAUUCAGGGAAGUUCAGUUUGAGGUAUGGGUUAUGCCUUUUCUUAUGGGCAUUUAGACCUACGGUGUUAGGAAGUAGGAACAGAGACUGGCUGGCUUUAUAUCUCACACGGUCCAGUAGGUGGCAGCGUAGCUGGCAGAAAGAUUUCAGCAGUUUGGUUUUACAUUUUUUCCGGAUGAUAAUGGAGGGAAAAAGUGUCUCCUGCUACUUUGUAGCAAACAUCUAGCCAAGAGAGCAGGCAUGUUGACACACUGGAAGGCUGCUUUAGAGAAUGUGCGCGGUUUACAAUUAUUUUAGUGGGAAACGGAAGGAAUUUUACAAAUUCUGGACAACUGAGUCAUACAGCACUUCAGUCCUAUCAUUUAAGGAGUGUGAGUCCUAAUGGUUGUAACUGUGGUGUCAUUUUGUGUCUUAUUUUUACAAUGUCAAAAGCAUUUAAUGAGUAAAGCCAGGAACAUCUUUGAGUUUUUUAUAAUCCAUUUUCUACCCUGAAAAUGCUCAAAGAAUAAUGGAUAGCCUUAGGUUUUUUGUGUAUUUCAUUCUAUGACUAAAAGUACCAUUUUUCCUGAUGCUGUAAGGCUGGUAAUUCUUACAGGUGAGAUUCUGUAUUUUAUCAUUCUGUACUAUAAUGGUAAUGCAGCAUUUCAAAAAAGCAUUCCAAUAAAUGGAUUGGAAUGUUCAAACAGGAGCUAAUACACGGAUGAGAAUUCUGAGUGUUUAUUUUCAAAAGUAAUUAUGAUUUUGUCAAAAGACUUUGAACUGCACUUCUGUCCCUUAAAUCCCACAAUGUACUUUAUGGUUAAUGAUCUGCCAUAUGUUAGCAUCAGGGUAUGCUAAGGAACAAUUCAGUUUACAGUGAUGCAAUCACUCUUCGGUACUCAUUUUUCUGCCCAAGAAUGAAUUCUUAAGUCUCCGUAUACUGAUGUCCCUGUGUACUAAAUUAAUAUAGCUAGGAGUUAGCUCUGGAAUAAUACAGGGUGAAUUAUGCAAAUUUAUCUUGUAAGACUGGGGAAGAAAUUUAUAUAUAUGUUGAAAGCUGGGAAGGGUAUUAUUUUUGAGUCAAAUAAGUUGGAUAUGGAAAAGAUCUAUUCUCUAGCUUUAUCCACUUAUAGUUACUGAAGGGUGUGGAUAUAUUUAUAUGCGUGUAUGUAGCAAAAAUGUGUUUAAAUUACAUUAAAUUUGCCAUUGAGGUUUCGGAUAGAAUAUUUACUACCUCAGCAUUGAAAACUGCUUGAGUUUGACUUUGUGACAUCAACUUAAUUAUUCUUUUUUGAUCUAAAUAACAAUUAAAUCUAAGGUUAGCUAAA